AUUUAGAGCUGCUAGGGUUUUGAGAACAAGCGGCUGGUGUUUUCUUCUCUAAUCAACUCGUUUUGUGCUUCAAGUAUCUUUUUUUUUCAGAUUUGUGCGCUAUGGGGCUGCGAAUCAAAGAUUUAAGCUUCUUACAACCCGAGAAUGCAGCGGACGAUGAUGUUGACGAUGAAAUGGAUCCUCACAGUGAGGAAGAAGAGUCUGAAUCCGAGUCAGAAUCGGAGCAGGAAGACGUGAAGUUGAUGGAGCCGUCGAAGACGGCUGUAUACAAUCAAGAAGGCCUUGUCGAGAAACUCGAAGACAUCAGCUGGCCGGAAAAUGUCGACUGGAUGCACAAGCUUUCCCUCGAUGUCGAUCAAGUGAAAGAGGUGGAUGUGAACGAUGACUUAGCGAGAGAGCUUGCUUUCUACACGCAGGCGUUGGAGGGGACGAGGCUGGCAUUCGACAAGUUUCAGUCAAUGGGGCUGCCAUUCCUUAGGCCACCGGACUAUUAUGCAGAGAUGGUUAAGACGGAUGCUCAUAUGCAGAAGGUCAAGGGCAAGCUCUUGGCGCAGAAGAGACAGAUUGAAGAGGCCGAAGAGAGGAGGAAAGCAAGAGAAGCCAAGAGGAUUGCUAAAGAGGUUCAAGCUGAGAAGUUGAAAGAAAGAGCUAAGCAGAAGAAACAAGAGAUUGAGGAAGUUAAGAAGUGGAGGAAGCAAAGGCAGCAGAGUGGCUUCAAAGACGGAAAAGAUAGUAUGAAGGACUUGGGUUUCGGAGAAGGUAAAGCAUUCGAGAGGUCGAGCAAGAAAAGGCCUGGUGUGUCUCCGGGUGAUCGAUCUGGAGGGAAGGCAAAGCAAGGUGGUGGAAAGGGUAACAAUAAGAAUAAGAAAAACAGGGAGUUCCGGGAUUCAAAGUUCGGGUUCGGAGGAAGGAAAGGUAUGAAGAAGCAAAACACUGCAGAAACAACAAACGAUUUUCGAACCUUAAAUAAAGGCAGUGUUGCAGGAAACAAGAAAAGGAAAAGGUGAUUUUACGUAGGACUUAUUCUCACUUCUUCAGGGCAAUUUUGUUAUGCAUUUGUUUAAAUUUUAAGUUGUUUCAUCUUUAAUUAUGUUUUUGAUGCAUCUUUAAGCUGUUUUCUUAUA